AUGUCUCAAAUACCUCCAUCAUCAUCAACAACAACACUUUAUGCUGUUCAAUUCAGUGGUCAUAUUGAUCUAACAGAGGAGGAAUUCAAACAAUACUAUCUAUCACAUCUGGAAGAAAGUAUUUCCAACAAUGAACAAAUCUAUGUGGGGGGAGCAAAAGGCGCUGACGAAUUAACACAAAAAUUUGCACAAAAAUUGAUUUCCGAAACUAAAACGAGUUUCAAAUUAAUGAUUGUUUGUGAUUUGAAAAAUGAUGAUUUUCGAGUGGAUAAGAGAUUUGACUGUAGGAAGGGAUUUUUGAAUCAUACAGCACGUGAUGAAAUGAUGACAAAGAAUACCUCAAGAGAUGUUGCCUUCAUUCGAUACAAGCCAAUGUCAUUGGGAAGUGGAACGUUGGCUAACAUUUUGAGGAGACAAUUUGGAUCUAAUAUCAGUAAAAAGUUUAAGAGACAUGCAAGAGAUUUGUAUGCAAAGGCAACAGAUCAAGAAUCGAAAGAAUUAUUUGAUGAAAUAAUUGAAACAUUCGUGAAGAAUAUGGAAUCUAUGAAAGGCAAGUAUGGAUUAGAGAAAUUGCCCCAAGUUAUUCAUUCACAUACAAUGGGAUACGGUAAUAAUUAG